CUCGCGUUCCCGACUUCUGCUUCCGGGUCGGCGCCAUGGCGGUGGCAAAUUCAAGCCCUGUCAACCCCGUGGUGUUCUUCGAUGUCAGCAUCGGCGGCCAGGAAGUUGGCCGCAUGAAGAUCGAGCUCUUUGCAGACGUUGUGCCUAAAACAGCCGAGAAUUUUAGGCAGUUCUGCACUGGAGAAUUCAGAAAAGAUGGGGUUCCAAUAGGAUACAAGGGGAGUACCUUCCACAGGGUCAUAAAGGAUUUCAUGAUUCAGGGUGGAGAUUUUGUUAAUGGAGAUGGUACCGGAGUCGCCAGUAUCUACAGGGGGCCAUUUGCAGAUGAAAACUUUAAACUCAGACACUCAGCUCCAGGCCUGCUUUCCAUGGCAAACAGUGGUCCCAGCACAAACGGCUGCCAGUUUUUCAUCACCUGCUCUAAGUGCGACUGGCUAGAUGGGAAGCACGUGGUGUUCGGGAAAAUCAUUGAUGGGCUUCUAGUGAUGCGAAAGAUUGAGGGAGUAACUGCUCCAGGAAAGGAAGGAGAGACCCCGUGCCUCCCGCGUGUUCCGGGCCCUACGUCAGCCCCUCUGGCGCGUCCUGAGGCUUGGCCUCUGCCGACUCCUUCGCCUCCUUGCUGAAUCCUCCUCAGUAUGGUGUUUCUGGCCCUUCAGGACCCGCCCCCACCCCCCGCUCCACGAGCCUUUCUGCCACUGCCGGGCCACGUUCGAACCACACGAGGCUGCUAGCUCUCCUCUAAAUGUGCCGUGCACAUCCUGCCUCUUGCUCCUUCCUGCCCCCGGGCCUUUGCUCAUGCUGAGGACCAGGGGACUAGGGGAAUGUUCUCCCUCCCUUUCCUCCUGGCGGGAUUCUGUCCGUCCUCCUGGGCCCGGCUCAAGUGGCCCCUGGUCUGUGAAUCCUUCCCUGGCCUGUGUAGGCAGCAGUUCAGUUGCUUCCUCGCCCUGUAUACAACUCUGUCUUACAACUUAUUGCAUUAUUACGUGCCAUGGGCUUGAUGGUUUUAAUGGUACACAUGUUCUCUUUGAUCUGUAUUCUGUUCCUCACCUGUCGGAUAGAAAGCGGACUGUCGUCAGGCCAGCCUGUGGGUCCGCAGUCCUCAGCCCCGGGGCCGUCAGGCCUCAGUAAGUGUGAGGUGGGGGCGUGUCUGAGUGGAAGAAUCACCCGUGUGCUUUCUGUCCUAGAAUGUUCCCACAGGCCCCAACAAUAAGCCCAAGCUGCCCGUGGUGAUCUCGCAGUGUGGGGAGAUGUAGUCCCGAGAAAGACGGAAUCAG